AGAUGUAUUCAGUAUUCAUUAUACUGUUAUUAUCUUUAUAAUUCUUUACAUGUAAAGAAUUAUAUAUUAUUGUGCAAGCUUCUCGCGAUUAGUCUCAAUACAGAUUAUCUUAGGAUGGAAUCAGUAAGAGCUGUGUUUAGGGGAGACGAUGAUGAGUCUCUUUUGGAUGGGGUCGAUAACUACUGUAACUUAAGCUGGGAAAACAGAUUGUACGCUUUUGGAGCUUGCUUUGUUAUUGGCAUCUUCUUAUCCGUCUUCGGUUCUAUUGAAGUAUGGUUGGGGAAAUACACCGCCUUUGCCCUGCUUUAUUCUCUUGGAACACUAGUAGCACUUGCUGGAACGUGUUUCUUACGUGGUCCGGUAUCCCAAAUAAAGAAGAUGUUUGAUAAAGAUAGGCUGAUAGCCUCGUGUGUUCUGAUUGCUUCUAUAAUCCUGACUAUCGUGUGCGGAUGUGUUCUAAAGAUAGGAAUUCUCGCUAUAAUGUGCUGCAUAGUACAGUUCAUGGCUUUUACAUGGUACACGUUAUCCUACAUUCCUUACGCGAGGAACGCUGUAAAAUCCUGCUUCUCAGGCUGCACUGGAAUGGAAUGUCCUUGUUAGACACUGUUAUAUAGCAGUUGCUAUGGUAACCUGAACAUGUAGCAGUUGCUAUGGUAACCAGAACAUGUAGCAGUUGCUAUGGUAACCAGAACAUGUAGCAGUUGCUAUGGUAACCAGAACAUGUAGCAGUUGCUAUGGUAACCAGAACAUGUAGCACAGUUGCUAUGGUAACCAGAACAUGUAGCAGUUGCUAUGGUAACCAGGACAUAUAACAUUUGCUAUGGUAACCAGAACAUGUAACAGUUGCUAUGGUAACCAGAACAUGUAGCAGUUGCUAUGGUAACCAGAACAUGUAGCAGUUGCUAUGGUAACCAUAACAUGUAGCAGUUGCUAUGGUAACCAUAACAUGUAGCAGUUGCUAUGGUAACCAGAACAUGUAGCAGUUGCUAUGGUAACCAGAACAUGUAGCAGUUGCUAGGUAACCAGAACAUGUAGCAGUUGCUAUGGUAACCAGAACAUGUAGCAGUUUGCUAUGGUAACCAGAACAUGUAACAGGUUGCUAUGGUUACCAGAACAUGUAGCAGUUGCUAUGGAAACCAGAACAUGUAGCAGUUGUUAUGGUAACCAGAACAUGUAGCAGUUGCUAUGGUAACUAGAACAUGUAGCAGUUGCUAUGUUGCAAAUCAUAGCAAUGAUAUAGUUAUGUAUAAUAGUAUGUCAGUUAUGUUCACUGGAAAUUUGAGUGUAAUCACUGAUAUGAGUAGUUGAUUUCACUAGUUUAACAAAUAAUAAUACUAUUAACAAGGGUGAUAAUCACCGAUCUGUUACUCUAGUUACAAUGUUAUAUGUCACACUUUCUGUUACAAAUUUACAGUGUGUGUUUAAAUUACAUGUCAAAAUAUUAUGUGUUGACUAAGAGAUGAUUAAGUAAUACUGUAACUGUGUAAGGAUACCUAAACCUCUAUUAAAUUAUUCAGAAGUUAUAAAAGUUAUUCAGUAUACAUUUCGAGUUGGUGAUUCUAAUUUUUCUCUUAUUUCACAAGGACUGGUUUAUUUUUUAAAGGGCAUGUGUUUAUACAUAUGAUAACAUAAUACGGAAGCAUAUGUUUCUAUUCGAUAUUUUUAUUUCCAAAUGUCUUGUCUUUCCUCAAGAUGGUCAUGGGUGUAGGAAGCGGGUGAAAGGAGUGACAAUCCUCCUUAAAAUUUUAGAGGGGGGAAUAUCUACCCCCCCCCCAGCCCCCCUUGAUUCGACAUUGAUUUCCAAUUUAAGUUAAAACGGUUGUUCAAAAACCAACUUGUGUCUGCUGGUUUAAAACUGCCGGUAGUCACCCUUUUGGAAAUAAAUUUGUUUCCUCAAUGCUGGAAUUAUUCUUAAAAAAUUUA